AUAUUUGCGCGAACAUGCGUGUGUUUGAAUAUCGUGGAAGCUUUAUCACCUCUCAAUAUAUCCGAUACAAAAGUUUGUUUAUGAGAUGUUCCAAACUAUUUAACAUGCACGUACGCACGCAGAUAAUGUAUAACGGAAAUAAUAAAGGUUUAGAAAUGUCAAUAAGUAGUAUUUUUAAUGUACUAACUUGAUAUUUUAAUUAUUAUUUAGAUAUCAAAUGCAUAUUUUAUAUCUUAUAAAGUGAGAAUGAACUACCUUUUCAUUUAACAUUUAAAAUUCUAUUAGUAAAGUCUCUUGUGUCUAUUUUUGAAUUAAAUCAAAUAAUUCUUUCUCUUUUAUAAGUAAUAUAAUAAUAGAAUAGUAGUAAAUCAAGACAGCUUCGCAACUGGCCCAUUAGCUCAGUUGGUUAGAGCGUCGUGCUAAUAACGCGAAGGUCGCGGGUUCGAUCCCCUCAUGGGCCAUUCUUUUUUAUUUUUUUAUAUCAAUUCCAAACUGAAACGUACUAUAUUAUAAAAAUAGUAAAUUUUGUAAAAAUGGCUUUAAAAACGCAUGGAAUAUUUAUAAUCAAUAUGAUGUGUAAAAUAACUUUAUUAAUGACCUAGCUGACGACAAUUCCGAUCCGAUAAUCAAUAUGUAUGACUAAGUCAUAUUUAUAAAUUCAAGAAUUGUGAAUAUUUUAUUAGAACUGUUGUGAGUUAUGACGCAUUCUUUUAUUUUAUUGUUUACUGAAAUGUGGAGUACACGUUGAACGUGUAAUAUUGAAUGUAGGACGAUAUUCGUCCUUCAUGGCAUUUUUUCGGUCUAAACUCCAAAUUUUCGUUCUAUUUUCACCAAACAAUAAAUAUAACCUGUUCUUACGGCAACAACCGUGGCAUUAUGUCAAGUCUAUUUUGUACUCGAAAAAAACUAUCAGUGAUGACUGUAAUGGUAGCUACGGAAGAUCGAAACAAGUCCUAUCGAAAGGCAGACAUCAAAAUGAAUCGAGGAGAGAAUACUUUUGCAGCUCCCAAGGAAGAUCCUCGACAAAAGUAAAGAGAAAGCAGACUAAUUGCAAGCAACAGAAGCAGAAGUUGACUCUUUGGGAAAGACUAUUUGGUCCAGGUCCUAGGAAAUCUUGGCCGGACUCUAGCACUUGCCGUUUGGCCUAUCGCCAGAGACGGCAAAUACGCGAGAAGGACCCGCGGUUGCUCGACCCACGUCAUCAAGCGACGCCUGGAGAUGUGCUAAUUUACACUGACAAGCCAAUAUGCUCUUUGAGAAAGCAGAAGAGCAUGGAAGCACAGCCUAAACCGCCACCAGAAUUUAAAGCGCCUACAGCUGUGUUGUUGAGCAGAAUGAUGCUGGAAGGAUUCGAUCGAAAGGGUGACAAUUGCGAGGGUAAAAAAGUAACACUAACAUUUCGAAAACCAUACGACGAGAUGAAGCCCCCUUCGGAAAAAAUUACAAAGUAUUACAGAAAUAAUGUUAGAUCGGAAAAUAUUAAAUCGUGCGAAGAGCCGACACAUGGAAUAUCGAUACAAAUGAGUGUGGCAGCAACUCGCGAUUCUACAAUAAAAAUAUUACGCCAAGCAAUGGAGAAAGAAGACGUACAAGCACGAUCGAGGAUUGAACAGCUGAAACUGUUGGUGAACGACAAGAUGUUUAAAUCGCGACGCGCGUCUUCGUUAUCGCGAACAAAUCCGAAAAAUCGACUUGAUUAAAGAGUAAACAAAUGAAAAAUACAUUUAUUACGACCAUUCAUGUAAUUAACGUUCGCAAUAAUAAAUGCUUUUGUGGA